CCGGCACUCCAAUACAAACGGUCACACUAAAUUAGACGCUAUUUAUCCAAUUUCGUAAUAAAGUCAUAUUUUAUCAAUGAACUGAGAUAAGGCGAGAGCAGAGCAACCACCAAAUGACUUCACAGAUCUACAAUCAGAAGAAGUUCGUGCCCACGCCGCCCGAGAAGGGUUCCUUUCCUUUGGACCACGAAGGACUCUGCAAGAAGCAGUUCCUGCUCUACGCCAGCUGUCUGCGCAAAAACGCCCAGGAUACGAGCCAGUGCCGCCAGGACGCCCGAAACUAUUUGGCCUGUCGCAUGGACAACAAUCUUAUGGAGAAAACCGAGUGGUCCAAGUUGGGUUUCCACGAACAGAGCACAGAAACCCCUCAAAAGCAGGCGGAGGAGCAGAAGCACUAG